AUGGCUCACUCGCAGCAGGACGUCGGGGUCCCGCCCUCCUUACCUGCAGCAACUUACCUCUUCGUGCCUCUUAGGCAGUCCGCCUCCCUGCCCCAGGCGAAGUUCGAGCUGCACAGCUUCCCCCUUGCCCGACUCUCCUCCGUGCAGCCGAGCAGCCCUGCUCUCCGCGUUGGGGGAAACACGGCCAGGUGCACAUUUCUCUCCUUUGACGACAGCUUGUUUGGCGCGAGUUUCCCGUCUGUGCAGAGCGAGCACAAGCCAAAACGGCCUCCUAAAAUUAUGACUCUCCGGGAGCCCCCUGACCCUCAACCCGACACUGCCGGGACGCAGGGCCCUCCUGUUGCUGGCAUGGCGGGCGACACUUCGUCCUGCCUCUUCUCGCCAGGCCCACAAGAGCUUUCCGGUGGAGGGAGGCAGAAACCCUUCGAAAUGGUGGACAAAGAGCGGAAGCAGGUGACGGUUGAAGCGGGGAUCCUGCUCUCGGACCUGAACGCGCAGCUGAGCAGCCACGGCCUGGCGCUUCCCAUUCUAGGAGCUGUUUCGGAUGUGUCAGCGGCCGGGGUCAUCGGCACAGGGACCCACAACACGGGGAUCAAGCACGGCAUAAUGGCUACACAGGUGGUGGCCUUGACCCUGCUGACCGCUUCGGGGGAAAUCCUGGAAUGCUCCAAAACGGUGAAUCCGGACCUGCACCAGGCCGCCUGCGUCCACCUGGGCUGCCUGGGCAUCGUGCUCACCGUCACUUUCCAGUGCGUGCCGCAGUUCUGCCUGCAGGAGACCACCUUCCCAUCCACGCUGCAUGAGGUGCUGGACAACUUAGAGAGCCACCUGAAGAAGUCGGAGUAUUUCCGUUUCCUCUGGUUUCCUCACAGUGAAAAUGUGAGCGUCAUCUACCAGAACCACACCAACAAGGCUCCCUCCUCCUCCGCCAGCUGGCUUUGGGACUAUGCCGUUGGGUACUACCUGCUCGAGUUCCUUCUUUGGAUCAGCACGUUCCUGCCCUUCCUGGUCCCCUGGAUCAACCGUUUCUUCUUCUGGCUCCUCUUCACUGGCAAGACCGAAAAUGUCAACUUGAGCUACAAGAUCUUCAAUUACGAGUGUCGCUUCAAGCAGCAUGUGCAGGAUUGGGCCAUCCCCAUUGAGAAGACGAAGGAGGCGCUGCUGCAGCUCAAGGAGAUCCUGCAGAGCAGCCCCAAAGUGGUCGCCCACUUCCCCGUGGAAGUGCGCUUCGCCCGGGGGGACGACAUCCUGCUGAGCCCCUGCUUCCAGAGGGACAGCUGCUACAUCAACAUCAUCAUGUACAGGCCCUACGGGAAGGACGUCCCGCGCCUUGACUACUGGCUCGCCUACGAAGGCCUCAUGAAGAAACUGGGGGGACGACCACACUGGGCCAAGGCCCACACAUGCACCCGAAGGGACUUCGAGAAGAUGUAUCCCGGCUUCCAGAAGUUCUGCUCCAUCCGGGAGGAACUGGACCCCGGAGGGAUGUUCCUGAAUGCCUACCUGGAGAAGGUCUUCUACUGA